UCGGCGAUGGCAGCCCCGCAGGCGCACAAACGGCUGUGGGGAGGCUGAUGUGUGCUGGCCUCGGGGCCCUUCUCUGCCUGAGCCGCGGUUCCAGCGUCCCGGCUCGCGUUUCCCAGAACCCUCAUAUUUAAAGUACUACAUGAAAAUGAGAAGAAAAGUAGUGAAUCCUGGCAAGCUGAGAUUGAGUCCUAAUGAGGAAGCUUUCAUUUUAAAGGAAGAUUAUGAAAGAAGACGAAAACUCAGAUUGCUGCAGGUUCGAGAACAAGAAAGAGAUAUUGCUUUACAGAUAAGAGAAGAUAUAAAACAGAGGAGAAAUAAGCAAUUCACUCGUUUGGCAGAAGAACUAAGGGCAGAAUGGGAGGAAUCACAAUCUCAGAAAAUAAAGAACUUGGAAAAACUAUAUUUGGCAAGUUUGAGAAAUAUGGGAGAGGGGCAUCAACAGGCCAAAGAAAAUGAGCCUGAUUUGAAUGCUCUGGCACACCGGGCAGCAGAAAGAAAAAAAAAAGCAGAAGUGAGGCAUAGAGAGGCCCUGAAAGUACAGAAAAAUCAAAAAGAAAUGUUAAUGAAACAAAAAACCUGGCAUAUAAAAGCUCGAAAAGAAGCGCUGCUUGUGGAAAAGGAGAGAUCUGCCAAAAUUACAAGUCUGCCACCUCCUCCUCCAAGUCUUUUUGAGAACAUGGAAGUAACGAGACAAUCUAAUGUGAAAACCGAUAGUUCUACCUACCAUCAUCUUCAUACUUUUGUGAAUAGAGAGGUGGACACAAAGCAGCCAGAUCCUCAUUUGGCUGCUGAAGAAGAAGCUAAAAGAUUGCAAGAACUACAGAAACAAGCAGCACAAGAGAGAAUGGAACAGUCUGAGAAAGCACAUGUACGGGGCUUCCAGGCAAUGAAAAAGAUCCAUUUGGCUCAAAGUCAGGAGAAACUAAUGAAAGAACUCAAACAGCUACAGCAAGAGGACCUGGCACGCAGGAGACAGACAGUAGCACGAAUGCCACCACAUCUAGUUGAACUUCCAUACAAACGCAAUGAGAUGAAAGAAGACUGGCAGAGAGAGCUGGAAUUUGCCUUUGAAGACAUGUACAAUGCAGACAGAAAAGUGAAAGGAAACCUGAUUUUGCACCUUGAACCAGAGCCUUUGCCCGUUGUGACUGAUCAGAUUCAAGAUGAAGAACUGGACCUAUCAAUGGAACAAGAAAGUUCAGCAGAGACUGAAAAUAUUCCAGUGACAAAAGCUGAAACAAUAUGUUCUAGUGAAGCAGACGUUCCUGUGGCAAUGAAAACCCACCAGAUUCCUUCAAAAAUUCUUUUUAAAAAAUUGUUAAAUAAGAUCCGAAGCCAAAAAUCUCUCUGGACAAUUAAAUCCGUGUCUGAGGAGGAAAGUGAAAUGAUUACAACUGUUAGUGAAACUGAAAGUAAAGCUCUGACAAUUGAAACGGGAGCAACUGUGAGCGAAGACGGAACAUUAUCCUCUGGGCAGGAACAAGUUGUUGAAAGUGACAUGCUUACGGUUGACUCUGGACCACUUACUAGUGAAGAUAAACCACUUACUUCUAAUACAGACUCUGAAAAGGAACAAGAAGCGAAUGAAACUCAGCCAAUCACAGCUGUAGCUCAGAGUUCAGUUCUACUUCAUCCUCAUGAAGAAGCAGCCAGAAUUAGAAUGGCAGCAAGGCAGAGACAGAUAAUGGAAAUAGAAGAACAGAAGCAAAAGCAGUUGGAAUUACUUGAAAAAAUUGAACAACAGAAGUUAAGAUUAGAAACUGAUUGCUUCAGGGCUCAGCUGGAAGAAGAGAAAAGGAAAAAAACUCAACAGCCUGGGGUUGGCACUGUUCCAGCAUCAUGCACCAUAAGUUCUGAUGAAGAUAAUCACAGGCAGAUGAUCCGUAAUUAUCAACAACAGCUUUUACAGCAAAACAGGUUUCACAAACAAUCUGUUGAAACGGCCAGGAAACGAUUACUCGAAUAUCAGACUAUGUUAAAAGGAAAGUACCCAUGUGUAUCAGCUGCACCGUGGAUACCUGAUUCUGUUACAUCAGCACCACCACAGAAAGCUGAACCACCUGCUGUUGCAUCAGAGCAUGAGGAUCAAGCUUGGAGACGCACGUUGAGUCCUAACAAACAUCAACCCAUGCAACCCGUACAGAUCUCCAAAUUAGAACCAGAUUUUCAGGUUCUAAGACAACACUGCUUUCCACGAAGACAGGCAGAAACAACCGAAACAAUCACUUCAGAUGUUUUAGCCAAGCAAGCUUUGGAAUCACGAGAACAGCCAAAGCAACUCUCACAGACUGAAACACAACAGAGAGACUCUAAACUGGUCCCUGAAGACUCUCAUACACUCACAAGGGCUUUUGCCUAUGAUAAGCCACUGAUAUUACAGGAGGAUAAAGAAAGAGCGGAAAUACCUAAGGCAACAACUUUUCAAACUUUAGACUCCCAGCCAGUGUUCUCAGAGAGCAAGGAAAGAACAGCUUCCAAGGUAGUUGAGCCUUCUUCAUUCCUACCACUGGUAGCUGAGCAUUCUUUUAGUUCUCUACCUACUAAAGUUAAGUCUGGAAAAAUCCAGGAACCCUUUUCAACUGUGAGCAAAAACACAGUUUCUGUAAGCCAUUCUGUAAUUGGCCAAAUGCAAGAUAAGUCUUUGCAAUGCUCGGAGAAUAUCACAGCCCAGCAAGGUAAAUUGAAGGCUCUCCAAGAACAGUUAGAUCUACAGAAGGAAGUUCUUCGGUCAAGACAGGAAGCUCAGGAACAAUUGCUUUUGUGCAAACAGAAAGAAUUGGAAGGGCAAACUGGCCUCUCUGUAUUCCUUCCGUUGCUUCCUCUGGAUUCGUUUGUUUCACUGCCUUCUACCAAAGCUGAAUUAGGGAGAUUCCAGGAAUCUUCUCCAACCAAGAAAGAGACUGCAGCUUCCUCAGGGCAUCCUGUGGUCCCACAACUUCAGGAUGGGCUUAAUUUUAAAUUUCCCCAAGAACGGUUAAAUAUUCAGAGGGACAGCCUUCAGGGGAGGCGGGAAGCCCAGGAAGUGUCAUGUGUCCAUAAGCAGAGUGAAUUAGGUGGAAGAGUAUGGGCUGAGCAGACUGAGUCCCCUUCUCCCCCAUCUCAGCUAACUCAGCAUACCUUUGGUUCACUGCCUUCUGCUGGGACUCAAUCUGGAAAAAUCCUGGAGCAGUAUUCAUCUAAGAGUGAGAAGGAAUGUCUCUCAGGCCCGUCUGAAAUCCCAAAAUCUCAGGAUGGGUCUUCGAGUUUCCUACAGCAGUUCCUACCUUUACGUGAUAGUCUGAAGUUGCUCCAAGAACAGCUGACUGCACAGAGGGAUGCUCUUCAGGCCAGGCAUGAAGCCCAGGCGGAAUUACUUUUCCAUGAACAAAGGGAUCUGGGAGACACUAAGUCUGCGCAGAUGAGUUCCUCAUUCCCACCAGUGGUCGCUCACCAUUCAGUUGCUUCACAAGCUUCUGCUAGAACUGAGCCUAGAAGAGUUGAGAACUUCUAUUUCUCCGAGAAGGAGAGUGUUAUUCCCUCAAGUCAUCCAGUAAUACCAACAUUUCAGACUGAGUCUCCCAGUUUUGCACAGCUGAGCUUGCCACAGAGAGAAAAUUUAACAGCACUCCAAGAUCAGUCACACAUUCAGAGAGUAAUACUUGGUGCCAGACAGGAAACUCAGGAAUUUGUACACAAAGAAAGUGAAUUAGGAAAAAACAGUUUUUCUGAACAGACUGGCCCCUCCAUAUCUCUGUCACAGGGAACUGAAUCUGAAAGGUUCCGGGAAUUUAUGUCAAUCAAGAGUGACCGUGCAGUUCCCUUAAGCCGUUGGAAGAUCCCAAGAUUUCAGGAAAGACUUCUGGGAUUGUCACAACAUAUACAACCUCGCCAAGAUAAUUUGGAAGGACGCCAAGAAUGGUUAGACACAGAAGACGAGGCCCAUCAUUUUAGCCAGAAAACACAAGGGGAUGUAUCUUCUGAACACACCGGCCCCUCAUUCCUGUCCCAGUUGGGACAGCUUUCCUUGACUUCGUUGCCUUCUGCUGAAUCUCUUCCCACCCAGGAGCCUCUCUCAGCAGAGAGUGAAAGUAGAAUUCCCUCCAGCCACUUUCAGAUCCCACAGUUGCAGGAUAGGCUUUUGAAGAUAUCACAGCUUAUCCAGCCUCAACAAGAUAACUUGAGGGCACUUCAAGAACAGUUAGCUACCCAGAGGGAAGCCAUCAUGCAAGCUCGACAGGAAGCUCGGGAGGAACUGCAUGUGCAUAAACAGAGUGAGUGGAAGGGAAGACUACCCCCGGAGCAGGCCGGCCCCUCUUCCUCCCUGUCCCUGGUCAUACAGCAUCCUUUUGCUCCAUUACCUCUUCACGAAGCUGGAAGAAUCCGAGAACCUUGUUCAGCUAAGAGUGAUAAUACAAUCUCCUCAAGUCAUUCUGAUAGGCCAAGAUUGCUGGAUAGGCUUUUAGGUUUACCACAGCCUGUUGAACCUCAGCAAGAUCAUCCAGCUACAUUUCAACAAGAACACUUGGCUGCACACACAGACUCCCUUCCAUGUAGCAAGAAAACCCAGAAAGAGUUGGUUUUGCCCAGACAAUAUAAAUUUGAGGAAGAGUCAUCUGAGCCUUUCAUCCAACCUCACCAUGAUGAUUUGAAGGAACUUCAGCAGCAAUUAGAUUUACAGACGAAAGCCACUCAAUCUAGACAGGACCUCCGAGAAGAACUGCUUUUGCAAAGACUAAGCAAGUUGGAGAAAAGGGUCUCAUCUGAGCAGGCCAGCGCCUCUUCAUCCUUAUCACAGGUAGCAGUGCCUGUUGCUGACUCUGAAAAAAUCCAAAAGUCUUUUCCGACCGGAAGUGACAAUACUCUUCCCUCAAGUCAACCUGAGAUUCCAGGAUCACAGGACAGGCUUUUGAGUUUAGCCCAGGCUGUUCUACCUUGGCAAGAUCAUGUGUCAGCACAGUUGGGUUUACGGAGGGAAGAGCCGCAUUUUAAUGAAAAAGCCCAGGAAGAACUGCUUUUAAACAAACAAACAAAGCUGAUUGAAGGCGAAUCUUCUGAGCACACUGUUCCCUCCUUGUUUCCACCCAUGGGAAGAGAGCAUUCAUUUAGUCCACUACCUUUUGCUGAAGUAAAACCGAAAAACAUUUGUGAAUUCUAUUCAGCAAAGAAUGAACAUGCAACUUCCUCAAGUGCUUCUAUGAGCCCAAGACUUCAAGAUAGAUUUUUGAGUUUUUCACAAUCUGCCUUAGCUCAGCAAGAUAGUUUGGGACUUCACAAGCAGUUAGAGCUACAAAGAGAAGUUCUGCAUAAUAGCCAAAAAGCCCAAGAAGAAUUGCUUGUACAGAGACAGAUAGCAUUGCAGCAGCAGAUACAGAAACAUCAAGAGACUUUGAAGCAUUUCUUUAAAGACAGUCAGACAAGUAAGCCCACAGUUGAAAAUGAUUUCGAAAGCCAAAAACACAGAGAAUGUUUUCCUCAUCUCCAAGAUCUAGCAAAAGAUAUUCAGGAAAACAUUGAUCUUACAGUUAGCAGCCUCUGUGAUAAUCAGCUCCUUUCAGAAGAUAGUAAUGCCAAGCAAAGUGGUGAGCAUCUGGACAGAGAACUGGGUAGGAGAUCCUCAAAGCCACCUGUGGCGAAAGUUAAAUGCGGAUUGGACUUGAACCAGCAUGAACUUAGUGCCAUACAAGAGGUAGAAUCACCAGCAAGUGGCAGAAUUUCUAUACUAGGUAAACCAGAAUUUCAUCAAGACAGAGACCCCCUGAGGGUCUCAAUAAGCCGAGAACAGAGUUUUCUUGGGGGCCCCCUGGACCAUGGUCCAUUUGGUCAUCUUCACCCAGUUGACCAGGAGAACAUCUGUGGUGAUGACUCUGAUAAAGCAGUCAAGGUCAAGGAGGCUGUGGUUGAGAAUCACGCAGUAUUCAGUCAUGCUGUGGAGGAAGAAGAAUGUACAUAUCAGAGUCCAAAUGUGAAGCCAGAUACUAAGACUGACACACAAGAAAUUUAUCAUGAGCCAUUAUCUUCAAUAACUAUUUCUACUGGGAGCUUUUUAAGUUAUGAAAACACAGAUUUGAGCCUUACAGAUCCAGAGUCAUUUUCAGAGCAUGUGGACUAUAGGAAACAAGAAUCUCCCACUGAUAAAGAAGAGGAAACAAAUAUGUUAAGUUCUGUACUUCCUUCAACACAAGUUAUUUAUCAAAGGCAGGACUCUCAGGAUGUCCAUAAACCUCUUUUACCUGCAGUGGAAACAUUUACAUCUGGUCAAAUACACAUUCAGCAGAUGAUGGACAAAUACAUAAAUGAAGCAAAUUUGAAGACUGAAAAAACCGACUUGAGGGUUGACUUUGACUUUCCAGAAUUGGAACACACUUUUCCAAAUUUGCAUCGUCAGCUGUUUAAACCCUUAGAACCACAUCCAGAUUUUGAUUUUUCAUCAUCAUUCUCUGGAAUUUCUCAAGACAGCAAAGAUUUUUACCAGAAGUCAGCUUCUCCCUGCGAAAGCCCCCGUGCUACUCCGUCACCCAAAAGUACAGAUUCUUUUGGAGCACUGAGGAGGAUGAGCCUGCAUUCUUCUCUUAACAACAGCCCAAAUCAGCAACUUGACCCUAACUUGCCUCAUGCUGCAGCUCAGAGUUUUGCUAUGGAAAAUACUGAGGGGUCUGGACAGUCUUUCCAACAGCUUGUGCCAGAGUGUUCUUCACAGGAAGGGAGCCAACAUGCUGAUCUACCAAGUAUUUUUAGCAUUGAAGCAAGAGAUUCUUCUCAGGGCGUGGAAAAUCAGAACUACUCUAAACAGAAUGAAAUAUUACAAAACAAGCAAAAAAGUGUUCAUUUCCAGCUCUCUGUAGGGAAUUCGCAAAGUUCAGUCUUCAGUUCAUCUGGUGAUGCUCAUGUUUUUCAUCAUUUGAAUCUACAGCAUAGCACUCCAUGUGGUUCUACCUCUAGUGAGUGCUCAAUAAAAGACCAACUAGAAGGCAGAAGAGAGAGACUGGGCUUUGAAGAACUAUCACAGAGAGGGGCUGAUGCAAUGUUACGAGGUCAAGGAUUCAUCAAAGAUGAUAAAAAUGAAACCUGUGGAGUUUUAAACAUAGAUCCACAUGUAGAAGAGAUUGAUUCUCAAUUAUGUGAAAGAACAGUGGAGAUGGGAACUUCAAUUCAAACACCAUAUGCAGUAGCUGUUGAGAAUGAAAAAUGUCUUAAGAAUUCAACUAAAGCCGGAACUCCAGGAACCACAGGAAACCUGUCUCAACUGGCACAAUCAGAGCUCUUUUUAAGUUCUGGGUCAUUCUCAUUACAGAGCUCUGUUCCAGUCUGGGAGACAGAAUCUGGCUUUGGUAUAAUGGAAGAACCAGAACUCACAAUGAUAAGCACCAGUGACAUCAGCACUGCAGAAAUGGGUUUUGCAGACUUAACCCUAGAAGAGAAAGAAAAUGAGGCAAAGAACUGUUUUCAGGUGAGUGAAUUUCUGCCUCUUCCAUCAGAAACAGAAAAUUCAGAUCACCCAGUUGCAUCAGAACAUUCUGUGAAGAAACCAACCAUGUCCACAGAAACCCUUUCAAAGUUUACAGCUACACCAGGGAGCUUACAAGAAGCAUUUAUAAAAAGAAAAAAAUCCUUUAUUGAGAGAUCUUCACAGAGACAGAAAGAAAUAAAGAACAAAAUUCGUGUCUCUGUAAAUUCUCAAACUAAAAUAGUCAAGGAGAAACCUACAGGUAUGCUCCCCAACAUCAGUUGUCAAAGGGAAUCUGGCAUUGUGUGUUUAUUAAAUGACUUACUUGUUCUCUGCUUAGGUUCAUUUGUGAGUCAUCUAAAGGGUGUGACUAAGGUCAGAAUGUCUUUUCCUGAAGACAGAAAGACUGCACAAAUCCAUAUGCACCAAAGAGCUCUAAGAUUAUACCGUCAGUUACCUGAAGUGAAACAUCAAAAGGAAGAAAAAGCAAAGCAAGAUGCAUAUGCCCAAAACAGAGCAAGGGCAAAAGAAUUUCAUAAGGUGAGCAGAUCCCACCCCCCAAAAUUUAAAUUUUUCAUGUCUAAGACACACCAUACCUACAACUGAUAAAUUUAUUAUUUCCUUCCACAGAAAACACUAGAGAAACUUCGAGCCAAAAAUAUAUGCUGACUGUGCAAAGUGUAAAGGUUUUUUUUUAUGUGUAGCACAGACAAAAUUAUUUAAGUCAAUAAACUUUUAAGGAUUCUCUUUC